UUUGGUGCCUCUUUGUACCAAUGUUUAUGUGUUUAACUAAAUAAACAAAUACUGAUAAAUGGUUGUGUAGUUUAGUUAAUUUGAACUAGUCUCACAUUUUAUGUACGUUGAUAAUCACUUUAAAUGUCAUUCAUUCUACUGAAGUUGAUAAAAUCUUAAUUUUUCUUAAGGUUUCUCACUCAUAUUGUUGGGAAUGACCUAAUGAAAGUAAGAUAUUCUUGUCCUGAAACGAAUGAGUAAAUUUAUUCUCUAAUCAUCCUUCAAUAGAUUUCGUUGUUGCACACAAAUAACUAUGAUAAAAGAUUAAAGCACUAGCAUUAUCGUGUAUAAAAUACUCAAAGCUACACGUGGUAAAUUGUUAUUUUUCAUUUAUUGGGAUCUUAUUUCAGGCUUGUCGCAAUUAGUUAUGAUUAUAUGUCUGAGGUGAUAUUUAAAAAAAUCAUUACAUUGGGCAGUAAUAGGACUGAAUGCUUCUUAGUGUGAUAGCUGCUCGAACACUUCUCCCUGACAAUCCUUAUUGUCUGAUAACCUCACAUUCUUACAUGUAUUAAGUUUCAUUGUAAGGGUUAAGUAUUUCAUAUAUUGAACUUAUUUGACUAUACCGUUCAUUAUGGAUUCUGUUUCUCACCAUGAAUCAGUAGUAAUUUGAGGAUUUAAAUACAUUCAAGUAGUUAUUAUCGUGAGAUACUCUUUGGAAAUUAACCAUGUAUUAAGUUAACCAAUAUAUUAGUCUGAUAAUUUCGUUAUGUUUACAUUCUUUAUAGGUCCGAUGCCGAUUUCAGUGGAUAGAGAACGCCGUGCGAACGCCGGAGCCCGGAUGGCUCGGUUGUUGAAUGAAGAGGAGGAGGAUGAAUUCUAUUCAAUAUUUAUGGUGGAUUUGCAGAAGAAGAAGAAGAUGCAGAUUAUCAGUCAGAAAGUUCACAGUGGAUCUGAUGAAGAUGACGCAACAGCAAUAGCAUCGGACGAUGAUGAGAACAAACGCCAAAAGCGUCAAUCUAAUCGUGUUGUUACAAAAGGUUACAAAGAACCUAAACGUGCUAAAAUUACUCGUCCUCAAGAAAAUAAAUUAUCUGAUAAGAAGGCUAAUAGUGAUAAAAGUUUAACUGAUUCUCAGAGUAAAUCUACCGUACAAAUUAAAGAUAAGCAACAACAGAUAACAAUAACAAAGAAAACUUCAGGGCAAAUUUCAACUUAUGAACGACCAGAAUUACGGGCAAGCACAUUACAAGCUACAGCUGAUCAAGAAGCUGAAACCACGCGUAGACGAAUAGCCACUGCUGAGAAUACAGCUGUUCGUCGUAAAGCGUUACUAGCUGAAAUCGCUCAGCGCAAAAAUCUUCCGGAAGUUCGGCGUUUAACUCAAGAAGAAUUGUUGGCUGAGGCAAAAAUCACGGAAGAAAUUAAUCGUCGUUCUUUAGCUCGAUAUCAACGCCUAGAAAUUGAAAAGAAAAAAGCACGCAUUCAAAAAACGGUCAAUUCCACUCCAAUGAUUCGUUAUCAUUCAUUUACUGUUCCAAUUAUCGAGGAACAGCACAAUUAUACGGAGUGUUAG